UCAAGGAUCAUCCUAGCAAGGUCGAUGAAGGGAAAUGUGGGGACACAGUAUUUCCAAAAAUAGUAAAAAACAUAGCGGUAAUUGAAAAGUAUGGCAAUAUAGUAGAGAUGUUUACAACAUCUCUGCAAGAUGCAGAGAAAAUUGAAAAGGAGACUGUAGACCAAGCUAAUUGUGAAUUGUGGUUCAAAGAAAGGAGAGAUCGUCUUACAGCAUCACAGUUCGGGAAAAUUUGCAAACGAAAAAAACAUGUAAAUGAAAUCUUUUUAAGGGACAUUUUUCCAUCUUCUAACAAAACUUUCUCUACUAGUGCAACUUCAUAUGGUAAAGGGAAUGAAAAUUCUGCAAAAAGUAAAUAUCAUGAAUCAUUCCAGGAGAGGCAUAUUCAUGACUGUGGAUUAGUUAUAAACCCCGAUUUCCCAUUUCUAGCUGCAACACCUGAUGGCAAGGUAUGUUUUGAGGGCAAGACAGGUGUACUUGAAAUUAAAUGCCCCUUCUCUGCACGAGAUUUGACAAUUCCAGAGGCCGUUCAACAAGUUUCACAGUUUUGCCUUACACAAAAUGCUGAUGGAAAUAUUGAAUUAAAGAGGACACAUGAAUAUUUUUUUCAAGUACAGGGACAACUGAUGGUCUCCGGGGCUUCUUUUUGUGAAUUUGUUGUCUAUACAAAAAAGGAUAUUUUUGUUCAGAACAUUAAAGAGGAUCUGAUGUUCCAAAAUGAAAUGUUUCAGAAGCUAGCUAAUUUCUAUUUGCAACAUGGUGCUGACUAUGUUAAAUCUUUGAGAAUCUAAUAAAUUCAUUAGAGAGGACAUUGGUGAUAACUUCAAAAUGAAUCAAUCAAAUUAAAACGUAAAAAUACAUUGUCUUUUGUCUGACUAUUUUGAAGUACAUGCAAUUUCUGUCAUCACAAAAAAACAAUUAUAUAAAUAUAUUUACAUUUACAAAUAUGUUUCCUGAUAUGAACCUAUAGAAUUACGAAAA